AUGAAGAGAAUCGCGGUGAAUUGUAGUGUCACACCUCCUACUCCUACUUCUACACAUUCAUAUAAUAACCGUUCUUCUCGUCUAAAGCUUUUCGCUUCUUCAUGGCUUCCAAAUUAUUAUGCUACUCAUCACAACAACAGCACCUUCACUGCUUUCGCUUCUUCCGUCUCUGGUUCAGAGCAGUUGUUGGAUGUGGGAUUGAAGAAGAAAAGGAGAGAGAUAGCUGGAAUAGACCAAGAUGAAUUAGUGGAUCCGAAGCUUUUGGCUGAUCCAGACAGUUGUUUUUGUGAGUUUAAAGGAGUGCAUAUACACCACAAGAUAUAUGAUUCUGAAUCCAAUUCCCUGGAACAAACCAACAAGAUGUGUUUGCCUAUGAUUCUGUUACAUGGAUUUGGAGCCUCGGUUUUCUCUUGGAAAAAAGUUAUGAAGCCUUUGGCUGAGGCUACAUGUUCGAAAGUUUUAGCUUUUGAUAGGCCAGCGUUUGGAUUAACAUCUAGGGUCAACUUAUCUUCUGCAACAGGAGAUGCUAAACCUCUAAAUGCUUACUCCAUGGCAUUUUCAGUGCUUGCUACCUUGCACUUCUUUGACUUAUUAAAAGCUGAGAAAGUAAUUUUAGUUGGGCAUUCAGCUGGUUCAAGUGUAGCAGUUAAAACAUAUUUCGAAGCUCCUGAACGUAUUGCUGCUAUAAUUUUAAUUGCCCCCGCAAUUUUCGCUCCACUUACUACACCCAAAGUUGUUAGAGAGAAUCAACCAAGACAAGAUAAUGAAAUGAAAGAAGACAAUGUUUCUAUCAGAAAAAAUCCAAUUGUUGAACUUUACACGUCGCUGUCCAAGAUUAUCAAGAACGUUGCAAUGGCAAUAACAAAGAUGAUGAAGCCGAUGAUAGAUAUACUUAACUCUUUGUAUAGGAAACUGUUAUCAACUAUCCUGCUUUCUUCCCCUGCAAUAAUGCUGGUAAGAAUGGCAAUUGAUAAGUUUGGUACUGCUGCAGUUCGAAAUGCAUGGUACGAUCCAAAACAGGUCUCCGAGCAUGUCCUUGGUGGUUAUACAAAGCCAUUGAGGGUUAAGGAUUGGGAUAGGGCACUGGUGGAAUUCACUGCUGCAUCGCUUCUGGAUGAGGAACCUAAUACAAAGCCAGCACUUUCUAAAAGACUUAAUGAAAUAUCUUGUCCGGUUCUGAUUGUAACUGGUGAUAGUGACCGAAUAGUUCCUUCAUGGAAUGCUGAGAGACUUUCAAGAGUCAUACCAGGAGCAUCGCUUGAAGUAAUUAAGCAAUGUGGCCAUUUGCCUCAUGAAGAAAAAGUGGAUGAAUUUAUUUCAAUUGUUGAAAACUUUCUAAGGAAACUAGCAGGCAAUUCAAACGAACAAUAUCUACAACCCGCACUGUGA